AUGGCUCUGUCGACUGGGCACGUCGCCAGCCAGUUGCGGCACCUCGUUUACUACCACCUCGACAACAAUCUCAUUCGCAAUGCGCUGUUCCUUGCUGGGCGCCUUCACGCCUACGAACCCCGUUCUUUCGAAGCGCAAUACCUCAUCUCGCUCUGUCAUCUACACAAUGGAGAGAUCAAAGCCGCGUUUGAACACAGUCAGAGCUCCGGCUCUCGAGGCCUACACCUGGGCUGCGCCUACGUCUUCGCGCAGGCAUGUCUGGAUCUCGGCAAACACCUGGAUGGUGUAACGGCACUAGAGCGCAGCAAAAGCUUGUGGGCAACCAAGAACAACUGGAACAAACACAAUGAAACACAACGACAACAUCUGCCAGAUGCGGCGGCCAUAUACUGCCUACUAGGAAAGCUCUGGCAUGCGCACAAAGACCUCAACAAAGCAGUGGAUUGUUAUGUGGACUCCUUGAAACUCAAUCCCUUCAUGUGGGAUGCAUUUCUGGGUUUGUGCGCAACGGGUGUCAACAUCCGAGUUCCUAAUAUCUACCAGCUCAGUCCCGAACUGCUCGCCAUUAUUUCCUCGUCUUCCGAAGAGAAGGACUUCGUGCCUGAUCGUGUUACGCCUACGGAAGGCGCGUUCCCUGUACACACUGGCCACAAUGCUCCUGAUCCUUUUAUGGUCCCUGCUUCACGUAAUGAUGCCGAUGCAACAUACGGAAGCUCUGCGCUCUGGGAGAAGCUCAAUGGAAGUUCUGUCAGUGUUGCAUCGGUUGCACCACCAGUUAUUCACGAGGGCAUGGAAACGCCGCAAAGUAGUGGAUCGGAUGACUUUCGCAUAGCAAACGGGGAAGAAUCGCACAAUCCAAACAAUGAGUUUGGAUCACUCGGGCAACCCCCUCCCAAGAUGCGCCCUACGGGCAUUCGACCUCGGACAAAGACAAGGCCGGAUCCAGAGGACCCGCAUAUGGGACCUUCGGAAAGAGAGCCUCCACCUGCCCCCCGGAUCGGUGAUCGCAAACGCACUGUUUCUGGCCAGGUUGCUCAUCCACUACCUCCUCAACCGACUGAGCCAGGCGCUCCCCAGCGCCGUAGCGUCAGACUCUUCAACCAAAUCAAGCCUACUACCAGCAAACUCUCAAACUCGACUUUGAUUGGCAGAGAUGGCCGCGAAGUGAAGAAAGUGAGAAGCAUGCACCCUAAAGGACGACCUACCAUGUCAACUGUUGGGCGUGUUGUGAGUGGCAAUCGCAAACCUAUGGAAUCAACCGAUCAUGAUGGCAAAGACCACCGAGCGACUUCUGUACCGUCUACCUUUGCAGCUCCGCCCUUGCCAAAGAAUGCCGAAAAAACGAAGGAAAUGGAGGCAUUAAGCUGGCUGUUGGGACUUUUCACAAAACUAGCAUCUGGGUAUUGUGCUCUGAGCCGUUAUAAGUGCCCUGACGCUAUCCAACACUUCAAUUCACUCUCACAAGGCCAACGGGAAACCCCUUGGGUUCUCGCCCAGCUUGGCCGCGCCUACUUCGAACAAGCCAUGUAUACGGACGCUGCCAAAUACUUCUCUCGGGUACAAAGCUUGGCACCGUCACGGCUUGAAGAUAUGGAGAUCUACUCAACUGUUCUGUGGCAUUUGAAGAGCGACGUAGAGCUGGCUUACUUGGCUCAUCAGUCGUUGGAAGCCGACCGACUAUCGCCCCAGGCAUGGUGUGUCCUCGGCAACUCAUUUUCUCACCAACGGGAUCAUGACCAAGCUUUGAAAUGUUUCAAGCGUGCAACGAUGAUUGACCCCGAAUUCGCCUACGCUUUCACCCUCCAAGGCCACGAGUAUGUGGCUAACGAGGAAUACGACAAAGCCCUCGACGCCUACCGCCACGGAAUCACAGCUGACAAUCGACACUACAACGCAUGGUACGGAUUGGGAACGGUGUACGAUAAAAUGGGCAAACUGGACUUUGCCGAACAGCACUUCCGCAACGCGGCAACAAUUAACCCGACCAAUGCAGUUCUUAUCUGCUGUAUUGGGUUGGUUUUGGAGAAAAUGGACAACCCCAAAAAUGCCUUGGUUCACUACGAGCGGGCUUGCUCGUUAGCACCACACUCGGUAUUGGCGCGAUUCCGUAAAGCCCGCGUUCUCAUGAAGAUGCAAGAAUUCAAAUUUGCAUUGGCGGAAUUGAAGGUCCUCAAGGACAUGGCGCCCGACGAAGCGAACGUGCACUACCUCCUGGGCAAACUGUACAAAAUGCUCCACGACAAGGCCAAUGCGAUCAAGCAUUUCACUACGGCCUUGAACUUGGACCCAAAGGCUGCACAGUUCAUCAAAGAUGCGAUGGAGUCAUUGGAUGAUGAUGAAAUGGAGGACGAAGACAUGGCGUAG